UACUGCCUCAUGCAUCACUUGCCACAGCUCUCUCUCUUCAUCACCCCUUUUUGGUUCUUUGAUUAAUUUGUUCCUUAAAAUGGAAAUUAAAGCUACUGUGUCACUUGUCUUAGCUUCGUUGCUCUUGGUCACCACAUGGGCUAUGGCCCCUCCGCCGGAGGAACGUCCCCAUAGCCACCCCUUGAUCAAGGCUCCGCCAGCCCAUUCGCCGGAAAAGCCUCAGGUUCCUUGCCCUCCCCCCGAGAACCAUCACUACCAUCAUGCUCCAGGAAAGGCUCCUUUCCACUCCCCUGAGAAGCAUCACUAUCACCAUGCUCCUAAAUACGAAUGCCCAUCAAGGUGUGAGGAGCACUGCAAGAAAGAUCACCACAAGAAGGAGGAGGAGCAGGAGGAGGGGAGGAGGUGUGUGAAAGCAUGUACCGCGUGCUGUUGUGAGUCCAAACAUGUGCCAGAGCAUGAGAAGAAAUGCAAGUGGAGUCAUAUGAAGAUGGAAGGCAAAAAGAUGAAAUGCCCUUGAGAAUUCGGCCGAAUCCGGCUGCGGCUACUUAUAUAGUUAUAUUAUCUAUGUUAUAGUACUUGUUACUACUUCUGUAACAUCAGCGCUUGUGUUUAGUCCUAUGAUGUAAUAAGCCUGAGUAGGUUGCCUCAGGGGCAUUGUUGUAACUGGGAGAUCUAUAUUCCUGUUUAAUGCUAAAAAAAUGUAGUUUUUAGCA